CCCGAGCCGGCGGGGCGGGGACUCGCGCUGUCCCGGGACUGCUCUUAGGGCCCGGGGUCGCUGUGGAGCUACGGACACCUGUCGCCACCGCCUCUGCCGCUCCUUCCUCCGCCGCUGACACUAGCAGACACCAUGAACCCCGACCUGCGCAAGGAGCGGGCCUCCGCCACGUUCAACCCGGAGUUGAUCACACAUAUCUUGGAUGGCAGCCCCGAGAACACCCGGCGUCGCCGAGAGAUCGAAAACUUGAUUCUCAACGACCCAGAUUUCCAGCAUGAGGAUUAUAACUUCCUUACUCGCAGCCAGCGUUACGAAGUGGCUGUCAAGAAGAGUGCCACCAUGGUGAAGAAGAUGAGAGACUUUGGCAUCUCGGACCCUGAUGAAAUCAUGUGGUUUAAAAAACUACAGUUGGUCAAUUUUGUGGAACCCGUGGGCCUCCAUUACUCCAUGUUUAUUCCUACCUUGCUGAAUCAGGGCACCACUGCUCAGCAAGAGAAAUGGCUGCACCCGUCCAAUGAACUCCAGAUAAUUGGCACCUACGCCCAGACGGAAAUGGGCCACGGAACUCACCUCCGAGGCUUGGAAACUACUGCCACAUAUGACCCUAAAACCCAAGAGUUCAUCAUCAACAGUCCUACUGUGACCUCCAUUAAGUGGUGGCCUGGUGGGCUCGGGAAGACUUCCAAUCAUGCGAUAGUUCUCGCCCAGCUCAUCACUCAGGGAAAGAACUAUGGUCUGCACGCCUUCAUUGUACCUAUUCGUGAAUUUGGGACUCACAAGCCCUUGCCAGGUAUUACUGUUGGGGACAUUGGUCCCAAAUUUGGUUAUGAAGAAAUGGAUAAUGGCUUCCUGAAAAUGGACAAUUAUCGUAUUCCCAGAGAAAACAUGCUGAUGAAAUAUGCCCAGGUGAAGCCUGAUGGCACAUAUGUGAAACCCCUGAAUAACAAGCUGACCUAUGGGACCAUGGUGUUUGUCAGGUCCUACCUUGUGGGAGAAGCGGCUCGCUCUUUGUCCAAGGCAUGCACCAUUGCCAUCCGAUACAGCGCUGUGAGGCGCCAGUCUGAAAUCAAGCCAGGUGAACCAGAACCACAAAUUUUGGAUUUUCAAACCCAGCAAUAUAAACUCUUCCCACUCCUGGCCACAGCCUAUGCCUUCCACUUUGUGGGAAAAUACAUGAAAGAGACGUAUUACCGAGUUAAUGAGGACAUUAACCGAGGAGACCUGAGUGAGCUGCCUGAGCUUCAUGCCCUCACCGCCGGGGUAAAGGCUUUCACCACCUGGAUAGUAAACGCUGGUAUUGAAGAAUGUCGGAUGGCUUGUGGUGGGCAUGGCUAUUCCCAUAGCAGUGGUAUUCCAAACAUUUAUGUCACUUUCACCCCUGCCUGCACCUUCGAGGGAGAAAACACUGUCAUGAUGCUACAGAUGGCCAGGUUUUUGAUGAAAAGCUAUGACCAGGUACACUCGGGGAAGUUGGUGUGUGGCAUGGUGUCCUACUUGAAUGACCUCCCCAGUCAGCGCAUCCAGCCACAGCAGGUGGCUGUCUGGCAAACUAUGGUGGACAUCAACAGCCUGGACAGCCUGACUGAAGCAUAUAAGCGCCGUGCAGCCAGAUUAGUAGAAAUUGCUGCAAAAAACCUUCAGGCUGAACAGAGUCGCAGGAAGAGCAAGGAGGUAGCCUGGAACCUAGCCUCUGUGGACCUUGUUCGAGCAAGUGAGGCUCACUGCUAUUUUGUGGUAGUAAAACUCUUUCUUGAAAAAGUAUCCAAAAUUCAAGAUAAAGCAGUCCAAGCUGUCUUAAGAAAUUUGUGUUUCUUAUAUACUUUGUAUGGAAUCAGCCAGAAAGCAGGAGAUUUCCUUGAGGGGAACAUCAUGACAGGUGCUCAGAUGAUGCAGGUGAACCAGCGCAUACUGGAACUGCUAGCUGUGAUCCGCCCCAAUGCUGUUGCCUUGGUUGACGCCUUUGACUUUAAGGAUCUGACACUUGGCUCUGUUCUUGGCCGCUAUGAUGGGAAUGUAUAUGAAAACUUGUUUGAGUGGGCCAAGAAAUCCCCACUGAACAAAACAGAGGUCCACGAAUCUUUCCACAAGCACCUGAAGCCACUGCAGUCCAAGCUCUGAAGUGUCACAGGGACAAGUUUAAUUUACUUCAGAGAACAGCAGAAACUUUGUUGUCCAAUGCACACAUCUACGUGGGAUCUUUAUCAUAUUCAUAGAGCUAUAAUGCAAAAUGAUGGAUUGACCCUUAUUCUCUUUUUACAAAUGAAAAAGAACAGAUCUCAGAGAUUAAAUGAAAAGAAAUCAAUGUGUUUCAAGUGCAAUUAACACUGCAAUAGACUUGUUAAGCAUUCAGAAAAAAAACUUCAGAGCUGCAGUAUAACUUCAUUUGUGAUGCUGCUAAUCCCAGUAGGCCAUGACCCUUGAUAAUUAACAGAAUUUAAUAAUUAAGUACUUAUGUUCACAUUUAAAUUGCUAAUCACUGGCUAUGUGUUUUUAUUUUUUCUCUCAUUUUUGGCGUACGUAUUUUUAAACAAAAGUAUUUUGCUAAAUGACCUGCCACUGUAACAUGGGACCUGGUUAGAAAGUAGGCUUGAUGAAGGGUUGAGGGCAAUACAUUCAUAGAAACCCAAAUGUGAAUGUGCAUGCUUGGCAUGUUUUCUUCCUGCGUGCCCCUGAGUAACUCCUGACUAACCUUCAUAUGAGCAUUUUGCCACCAAUGGACACCUUCAGCUCACACAUCCUGCAGGAUAAGGACUAAUUACCCACUUUCAGGAUUUCUAAGCUGUCACUAGCACGGGGGCUCCUGUUGUCUCCACCUGCAUACAUAGUUAAGCUUAGCAUCUGCAUGUGGCUUUGGGCCAUAGCUGGACCUCAGUUGGUGCUGUUUGAUCUCCUGAGGCAAGGGGGAAAGAUAGUAACGGUUCUUUUAGAAUAAGUAUAGGGAGCCCUCAGCAUGACUCUCCUGUCUUUGUGGUCAUAGUAAGUAGAUUUCUUGAGACAAUCUAGGUUCUAAAUACUCUUGUCAUCUUGGCAUAUGCCAUUAAGAUGCUUGGUGACUGCCAAAGUAUUGGGCAUUAAAAAGGUAAAAACAUUGCUCAGAUCACCUCUUAUACCCAGAGUGCACAAAAACCCUUGAUACCCAUGUGUUCUGAUUUUUGGUUCAGAAAAUGUAAUCAUUGAAGCCAUGACUGGAGGACAAGUGGCAGUUGCAUAGAUUUGGUUUCUUACUGUUGUCUGUAUUAGCUUUACCUGCAUUGCUAAAUGGUCUUUUCCGUCUAAUUUACACAUAAUUCUAUGUUUAAAGUUUGAAAAUAAACCUUGUUUGGGUGGGUUGUUUUUUGUUUUUUUUUUUGUUUUUUUUUUUUGAGACAUGGUUUCAUAAUGUAGCCCAGGUUAGUCUGGAACUUACUAUGUAGCCCAGAAUGACUUUGAACUCUUGAUCCUCAGCUUCCUAAAUUCUGGGAUUAUAGAUGUAUGCCAUCAUGCCUGACUAAUAUGUAACUCUUAAUUACUUUGUUUAAAUCACUGUAAAAAAACAUACCAGUUUGUUUUUAACCUGUUAAUUGUUUAUAACGUCUGCCUCAUGAAAUCAGUUUGUUACAGAAAUCACUUCUGAGAAUAGAAUAAAAUUCAAUGGAAAUAGUUUCUGUCUUGGGACCUGACAUAAAAUCUAUUCCAGGGAGUUGUUAGUAACAGACUUUAGGCUGCAGCAAAACAUCUGCAGACAAGCCGGGCGUGGUGUCACACGCCUUUAAUCCCAGCAUUUGAGGGGCAGAGGUAGGAGGAUUGCUGCAAGGCCGCCCUGUGACUGCAUAGUGAAUUCCAGGUCAAGCCUGGGCUAGAGCAAGACCCUACCUCUAAAAACAAAACAAAAAAUCUGUAUACACAAGCCUUAACCUUUCCUCUGGGACAACUAAUUGAUAAUUAUGUUAAAAUUAGCAUUGUGUCAUUCAUUUGGGUUCUACUGAUAGUUCAUAUUCUGGAAAAUAAUAAAUUCAAAUGACUGAA